UUUCUCUGCCUGGUGUGGCAUUCACAUCCUAACGCUCAUGUGGUAACAUCCAGCAUCGCUUGGCUUCCCCUGCACGCUGGCCUGAUUCCAGGGAUUUGAAGUAAACAGGAGAUACAGACAGAGACAGAGAGUGCAUAUAUGCUGGAGAGAGAUAAGUCAGUUCAGAAGUAGGAGAGGUAAAGAACAGAGAUCCAGAGAAGAGAAGAAAGCAGGUGAGAAAAGGCAUCAAGAAGAACUAGUGGUUUAUUAGCUGACUGAACACUAAAAAUCCACUAACAUGGCAGCCAUGGAAGCACUGCAAUCCACAAGUGCCCUGCUAGAGCCUCAAACCCUCACCGAGAUCUCAGACGAUGAGGUCAACCUUCCACCCUCAGAUGACGAAGACGAUGCCCUUGCCGCAGCCAAGAAAGAGCUGUCCAUCAUGGGUACAGAGGGGGACGCAGCGGAAGACAAGGACGACGCAGUGAAGCUGGACUCCCAGGUGAACGGGGUCAUGGUGCUGUCUUUGCUUGAUAAGAUCAUUGGGGCGGUGGACCAGAUCCAGCAGACCCAGAGCGGGCUGGAAGCCAGGCAGCAGGAGAUGGAGCGCUCGGUGACCAGCAUUCAGGGCGAUCUGACCAAACUGUCCAAGAGCCACAGCACCACGUCCAACAGCGUCAAUAAGAUGAUGGAGAAAGUGCGCAAGGUGAGCGUCAACGUCAAGACUGUGCGUGCCACCCUGGAGAAGCAAGGAGGCCAGAUCAAGAAGCUGGAGAGCAACGAGGCUGAGCUGCUCAAGAGACGCAACUUUAAAGUCAUGAUCUACCAGGAUGAAGUGAAGGUUCCCUCAAAACUAAGCAUCUCUAAAUCCAUGAAGGUUUCUGAGUCUGUGUCAGGAAGCAGAGGAGGCAGCCUGCUGGAGCUCAAGGAAGCUGUGGAAGAGGAGGAGAGAGGAGACGGAGAGAAGGCAGACAAACCCCAUGUAGACCUCUCAUCAGAUGAAGAGGGGGUGGAGAUCGAGGAGACCAUUGAGGAGUCCCGCGCUGAGCGCAUCAAGCGCAGCAGCCUGCAGCGCGUACAAACCCUGAAGACGGUCUUCUCAAAGGAGAAGAUGGAUAAGACCAGAGCAAAGACCAAAGAGAACCUGGAGAAGACAAAGCAGAAAACCAAGGAGAACCUGGAGAGGACAAGGCAGAAAACCAAGGAUAAUUUAGAGAAGACCAAGCAGAAGACCAGACAGAACCUGGAGAAGACGCGUCACAACAUUGAGAAGAAGAUGGGGAAGCUUGGAACACGGAUGAGUGUCAACCCUGAGCACAAGCAGAAGAUCCAGACAUCUCGGGACAAGGUGAAGAAGGCCUUCACACCAGACCAUGUUGUUUACGCCCGGUCCAAGACGGCUGUGUACAAGGUGCCCCCCUUCACCUUCAAAGUCAGGAAAGUCCGCGAGGGCGCCAUUGAGGUGGUCCAAGGCACCGAGAUGGUGGAGGUGUCCCAGGAUGCUGAUCCCUUCAGUGGAGUGGAUGAUGAGGUUGAGGAGGGUGCAGUGGAGGUCGAGAUGGAGAUGAUGAAUGGAGGUGGAGAUGAGGAAGAGGCUGAGGAGGAUGAAGAGGACGACAGCCAUGAUGCUUUGCAGGAGAAUGAAGACAGAGAUAGAGACAGUGACUAGAUAAAGAAUAAGGAAUUUGCCAAAUUCCUAACAUAAUCCCUGAGGUUCUUUUGUAAAAAUUGAAUAAUUGUGGGGAUUGGGAAGAAUGCUACAGAGUAAUUAUGGUUGAUUACAACUUGGGUCUUAUUUUUUGUUACCAUUUUGGCCAUUAUUUCUAUCCGUUAUGAUAACUUUGUACUCACAAUUUGGGGGAAAUUGCGUCAUCGUUGUUUGACGGGUCACUCGUACGAUCAGACAGGUGGUUAGCAAGCCAUCAUUUAGUCCAGA